CCUUACGCCAUUGAUGGCCAGAUCAGCCCCCAGAGCAACGUGGACUUUGACCGCAGCCUGAGGCAGAGCAAUCCGGCCUGGGGCCUGCGGGACACGGCGCUGCUGCAGCAGCUGGCUGAAGCCAAUGGGCUGCACCUGGAGAGGAUGGUGGACAUGCCUGCCAACAACAAGAGUCUCAUCUUCCGCAAGCAGUAA